CAGUGAGCUCCGCCCCCGGCUCGAGCGUUUUGAAAAGGGUCACGUUGCGCUGCAGCAGUGAAACAGAAGACUCCUCCGCAUCCUCAGCACCCAGCUCACCUGAACUUCUUUGCGCCCAGACAGCCUUCAGCAGCCUUGACGUCUGUCAUAGGCUCUUGUAUCAGAGAGCUGCAUGGGAAACAGUGCUCCUGCUAGCGCUGCUGGAUCAAGGCCUGAGGACAGAAACAGCCCAAACACAGAGACGUGCAUCAGUGCCAAGGCCAGCAGCCCGUCUGCCACCAUGACUCACCAGUAUCCCGCACUGACUCCUGAGCAGAAGAAGGAGCUGCAGGACAUCGCUCAGAGGAUAGUCGCUCCAGGAAAAGGCAUCCUCGCAGCCGAUGAGUCCACCGGCAGCAUGGGGAAACGUUUGAACCCCAUCAGGGUUGAGAACACAGAAGAGAACAGGCGUCGCUACCGCCAGCUGCUCUUCACAGCUGACCAGCGCAUCGACAGUUGUAUCGGAGGGGUCAUCUUUUUCCAUGAAACCCUCUACCAGAACACAGACGAUGGCACUCCCUUCGCCAAGCUCAUCAAGGACCGCGGCAUUGUUGUUGGCAUCAAGGUGGACAAAGGUGUUGUGCCCCUUGCUGGAACAAAUGGAGAGACCACCACUCAGGGUCUGGACGGACUGUCUGAGCGCUGUGCGCAGUACAAGAAGGAUGGCGCAGACUUCGCCAAGUGGCGCUGUGUGCUGAAGAUCAGCGACACCACGCCGUCUGAGCUGGCCAUCUUUGAGAAUGCUAAUGUUCUGGCACGAUAUGCUAGCAUCUGCCAGCAGAAUGGUAUUGUUCCUAUUGUGGAGCCUGAGAUCCUUCCUGAUGGAGAGCAUGACCUGAAGCGUUGCCAGUACGUCAGUGAGAAGGUCCUAGCUGCAGUGUACAAGGCUCUGUCAGACCACCAUGUGUACCUGGAAGGGACACUGCUGAAACCCAACAUGGUCACAGCUGGGCACUCCUGCCCCACCAAGUACAGCAGCGAGGAAAUCGCCAUGGCUACCGUCACUGCCCUGCGCCGCACUGUGCCUCCUGCUGUCACAGGAGUGACAUUCUUGUCAGGUGGCCAGUCUGAAGAAGAGGCCAGCAUGAACCUUAAUGCCAUUAACAACUGUCCACUCCCCAAGCCCUGGGCCCUGACUUUCUCCUACGGCCGCGCCCUGCAGGCCUCUGCCCUGAACGCAUGGAGAGGAGAGCUGAGCAACGAGAAGGCCGCCACCGAGGAGUUCAUCAAACGUGCUGAGGCAAACGGUCUGGCUGCACUCGGCAAGUACGAGUCUUCUGGACCUGCUGGCGCCGCUGGAAAAUCCCUCUAUGUGGCUAAUCACGCCUACUAAACAUCAAAGUAUCACAUUCAAUUGUAGUCUUAUAUCUGCUCUGCUAUUCCCCCUCACUCCUCCAUGAAUCACAGGCCUGCCCUGUCUACUGUACUUUAGAGUUGUCAGAGUUUAUUAAAAUUACAUUAUUAGAUAUGUGUAUUUAAAAACAUAACGUGAAACUACAAUACUAAAGGGAACAGGCUUGUUUUUUAUUUUCUAUUUGAACAAAUCAAAACAGUUUUGAGACAAUUUAUGACUGAAGUGGAAAACCAUUUUAUGUCAUGUCUGGCUGUCUGUAAUGGUUAUUGGGCUCAGAGAUAGAAAUGUUAACAGUAGAUCAAGAUAAUCAGUCAGUAUCCAAUUCAUGCCUCUUCUUAACUGCACCUGUCUCCACACCUGGUGCUGUCUCCCUUUCUCCCCCACAUGGUAAUACUUGAGCCACUCCCAAGCAGGCCAGAUAAGCAUGUGUGUGUCGGUGUUUCGCUUGUGUCAGAACGCAGUGUUGGCUCAUCCUUCAAACGCUAUGUUAAUAUCCUCCCUGACAGCGGGACCAACCGAUUUAUUAGUGGCAUCAGUAUAGCCGUUAAGGGACAAGACAAACAGCGUGACAACAUUAAGUUGACCUUUUGAGCGACUGUCCAAAUGUGUGCUCGUUGUACUUUCAGACAGCUGUAGCUCCAGCAGAGGUCAGUAGACACUGUAAUAAACCAAUACACCAUGAUUCUUCCUAAUGAUUCAUCCUAACCUUUCUGUUCACAUGCUUCUAAUCACCACUAAUCUGAGAAAACAUCUUGUGUGUCUAAUUUCAGUAUAACAUUAGCUUUAAAUUACAUACAGUAAUUAAUGUAUUCAGUUGUGUAAAGGUGUCGAUAUUAUGUGACGCUUGUGUGUCAUCCCCCCCUCCUGAUUCCCCCAGCCCACCCCACGGGAAGAGGAGAUGGUUUCUAUUGACGUACCUGUAAUGUGGACCAAUACGUGGGGUUAGCUGCGGGGGAAACAGUCACCGCUGUGUUGGAGUACUGUGAUGUUUGUGAUGUUAAUAUUGUUCUUGAAGCACUUGGUGUGUCAAAUAGUGGAGAAAAAUAAACUAAAAUAAUAAACAAAAAAGCUAGCAGA